UGGGUGCGUCAGUCAGUCGGCCCGGGCUCUCUGCAGUGCACUCAGCCGCUCUCCUCUCGGCUGAGUGGAAACAUCAUGUGUCUGUGGGACGCCCUGUUUCUCCAGACUGAGACCAGAAUAGACAGUUGAAGACGGACCGAGGGAGAGAGAGGGAGCAGAAUGGACUCAGCAAGAAACUUGGAGUAGAGUACGUAGAAAAGAGGACGCCGAUACCGGAGCAUUUUUGAGGUUUUCAUCUAUUCUGCCGUUUGAUCUCACCACCUCAAACCUGGCUAUGCCAUGCUGGCCCAGAGGAACGGGCUACCACCAGGCUGUAAACCGGUUCCUCUGAAGGAUCACCCGGACCUGCGGGAUGUGGACGUGAACGCUGAAGGAUGCUGCUCCCUCACUCCUUCUCCGUCAUCCGGAGGUUGCCCCUGGGCUCGGCUGGCCGGCGUGGACGGCUGCCUCUCCGAGCCGUACUGUCUCUGGUUCCAGCUUUUGGCCAGAGCCUACUGGGGAGAGGUGGAGCUGGGGCUCACCAGUCCCAAUCGCAGCGUGUCCUGGGCUCGGCUCAGAGAAGCCUCCAGGAAGAACUGCGUCCGAUCUCGGGCCAAGCAGAAGGAUGGGCGCGAUCAGAGCGAGGCGUCGGCCGUGGCUUCUCCCGGGGGUGAGGAGGAGCCCUUUUCCUGGCCGGGGCCCAAAACGCUUCACCUGCGCCGAACCUCCCAGGGCUUCGGCUUCACGCUGCGACACUUCAUCGUCUACCCGCCGGAGUCCGCCGUCCACAACUCUUUGAAGGAUGAAGACAAUGGCAGCCGAGGGAGACAGCGGAACCGUCUGGAGCCAAUGGACACCAUUUUCGUCAAGCAAGUGAAGGAGGGAGGCCCCGCCCACGGAGCUGGACUCUGUACAGGGGACCGGAUAGUGAAGGUGAAUGGAGAGAGCAUCAUUGGGAAGACUUACUCGCAAGUCAUAGCCUUGAUCCAGAACAGCGAUGCCUCACUGGAACUCUGUGUGAUGCCAAAGGAUGAGGACAUUCUGCAGCUGUUUUCCAGGGAUAUCACUGCUCUGGCGUACUCCCAGGAUGCAUACCUCAAAGGGAAUGAUGCGUACAGCGGAAAUGCCCAGAACAUCCCCGAGCCCCCUCCCAUAUGCUACCCUCGGAUAGAAGUUAAGGCCGCUGGCAUGGCUCAGACAACGGAGCCCGCCAUGGUCAGCGAGACCCCUCGAGGGACGGCUCAGGGGCCAAUCAGAAGAGGGGGGUCCCUGGAAAAGAGCUACCGGCUCGAAAUCCCCGUUCCGCCAUCUCCUCCGCCCCAACAGACGUCAAAAUCUCAGACAGUGGCGUGUGUCUGCACUGAGAAUGUGAGGACAGCGGCAAUGCCUCCUGAUCCAGUUGACAAGGGGUCCCGGGUGGCUCGGGCUGGACCCAGCCACAGGACAGAGGAAAACCGGUUCAGUCCUCCAGCAGAUUCUGGCUCAACUAGACCGAGACCCCUUAUUCCCUCAGUACCUGGGGGCGCACAGUUGCAGUACCCCUCUUCCCGUCCCAUAGAAAGCUACUCCCCUUCCUCAAGACCUGGUCCGCUCUACUCUGACACGUUAUCUCCACCUGUACGGUCCACCGCUGCCUCACCGGACACGUUCUCCACUGCCAUCUCACCCAGCGCCAACCACUACUCGCCCUCUCCCACAGCCCCCUCCACCUCUCCGCACCAGAACAUCGACUGGAAAACCUACACGACCUAUAAGGACUAUAUAGACGCCAAGAGGCUGCACACGUAUGGCUGCCGCACCAUCCAGGAGCGCUUGGACAGCUUGCGUGCGGCUGCCAACUCCAGCUCCGCCUACGCCCAGCAGCGUACACCGCCUCCUCAGAGCGCCAGUCAGAAAGGGGCACUGGGCUCCCAGGUCAGACGGAGAAGCACCUCCAAUGACCGCGGGAUGGAUGCGAGCACUGCAGCGACUCCGUUACGUAGCGUCUCCCAAGAGAGGCUCGGAGGCGGAGCAGAGAGGACAAUCAGGAAUUGGCCUCGGAGUGCUUCCGAGGAUGCCCUGCCUUUCUCCAACCCCGCAGGAGCACCGAAACCUCGGGCGCGGUCUUGUGAUUACCUGGGGCAGCAGCCUGGAGAAGCAGGUGGAUUGGCUGUCUUUGGAGAUCAGGUAGCUUUGGAGGACAGGCUGCUGCUGUGUCGGGGGGAAGAAGCCAGAGCUAGCAGGCAGGGGACAAGCCUGAGAGCUUUACCUCAUCUGAACAGGAGUCUCACUGGACAGAAGGGAGGAGGGCGAGGAAGUGGAUUAUCGAACUCUGCUCCUUCGUUUACUAAAGGUACGACGGAUUCUGUUCUUAGGACAGACAGUGUCAUACUGAGACCAUCGCGUCUGCCUGUCAAAAACUCCAUCUCAGACCCUUCGCCUGCCUUGUCCUCCACUAAAACCACAGACCCUCUUAAAGACCAAAGAGCUAACAUCGUGGGCAACCACCUGGGCUACUCCUCCCCUCUUCACCUGCAGCUCAGAAGCAGGGCUGACAGUCUGAAGACAGAGAGCAGGGCAGAGGGUGGGUUGGCAGCCAGGUCCUCCUCAUGCUCUGGUACCUCCUCUAAACUGCCCCUGCAGAGACAAAGUGCAGUUCCUGCCUCUUCUUCUGGCCCCUCCACCACUAACGGAGCUUUGACCCAAAAGCCAAAAGUCAGAGAAAUCUCCAGUUCCACCGGCGCCCUUUUACAGACUAACGGCGGUCUCGCAGAGGGUGUACAAGGACGGGAUGCGACAGUCGUCGUCCUAAGAAGGGACAAAAACUCCGGGCCUCCCCACAUCCGCCCUCCGUCCUAUGUGCUGGCUGUUAAUGACAACCAGGGACGAGUGACUCACAAGUCACCACCGUUGGUGAAGGCAGGCUCCGCCGAUGGAGCGAUGUGCUGGACGUCUAAUGACAGCUUCAGGGAGAUGCAUCUAAGAAGGCUCGGAGACACACGACACAAGUCUGGCUCCGUCAACUUGGACGACUCCCUGGAUUCAAUCCCCUUCAUAGAUGAACCAUCUAGUCCCAGUACUGACCAGGACAGCACACACAUCCCCGCCUCUGCUGUUAUAUGUGUAACUCCCAUCAUCACCACCAUCCCACCCAGCCCCCCCUCUCCGUCCCCUCUCAUUCGACGCCAGCUGUCACAUGACCAAGAUUCUCUCCGUCUCACAAUUAUUGAGUCAGAUUCGGGUACUAAAACAGAGCGGUCCAAGUCGUACGAUGAAGGCCUGGAUAACUACCGGGAAGAAAGCAGAGGGAGGUCCUUAAUACCUGGUCUGAAAAGUCUGAGGAAGGCGGCGGUGGACAGGUCGUCCGAAGAUUCAGGGUCCAGGAGGGAUUCUACAUCAGACGUCUUCUGUGACGCCACCAAGGAGGGUUUGCUGCAUUUCAAGCAGCUGAACACAGACAAGGGCAAGCGUGUUGGAGGAGGUAUGCGCCCGUGGAAACAGAUGUACGCCGUGUUGAGAGGCCGCUACCUCUGCCUAUAUAAAGACAAGGCACAGGGGCAGGCUCACGCCAACUGCCAAGCAGUAGACGAGCCGCUGCCGAUCAGCAUCAAGGCCUGUCUGAUUGACAUCUCGUACAGCGACACGAAGCGUAAGAACGUGCUGCGGCUGACCACGUCGGACUGCGAGUACCUGUUCCAGGCUGAGGACCGAGAGGACAUGCUGGCCUGGAUCAGAGUCAUACAGGAGAACAGCAACCUGGAUGAGGAGAAUGCUGCCUUCACCAGCCAUGACCUCAUCAGCAGGAAGAUCAAGGAGUACAACACCUUGAUGAGCCCAACGGGCAGCAAGACGGAGCCGUCGCCAAAACCCUCGCGCCAGUCGCUGAGCAUCAGACAGACACUGCUGGGAGGUAAAGGAGAGACCAAAGCAACUAGUCCAAUCUCACCCAAACCUGAGCAGGAGAAGAAGAACAUGCACAAAGAUGACACCAGCCCUCCGAAGGAUAAAGGGACGUGGAGGAAGAGCAUCCCGGGGCUGAUGAGGAAACCAUUCGAGAGGAAGCCGUCUCCUGGAGUCACGUUUGGAGUGAGGCUGGACGACUGUCCUCCUGCACAUAACAACAAGUUUGUGCCUCUGAUUGUGGAGGUGUGCUGUAACCUGGUGGAGGAGAGGGGGUUGGAGUACACAGGCAUCUACAGAGUACCGGGAAACAACGCCGCCAUCUCCAACAUGCAGGAGGAGCUCAAUAACAAGGGCAUGAAUGACAUCGAUAUCCAGGAUGAUAAAUGGAGGGACCUCAAUGUGAUCAGCAGUUUACUCAAGUCCUUCUUCCGUAAACUUCCAGAGCCGUUGUUCACCAAUGAUAGGUACGCAGAUUUUAUAGACGCCAACAGAACAGAAGACCCAGUGGAGAGACUCAAAGUGCUCAAGAGGCUGCUCCAUGAGUUGCCAGAUCAUCAUUACGAGACCCUCAAGUUCCUCUCAGCUCAUCUCAAAUGUGUGGCUGAAAACUCAGAGAAGAACAAGAUGGAGCCGAGGAACCUGGCCAUCGUGUUCGGUCCCACUCUGGUGCGCACCACCGAGGACAACAUGACCCACAUGGUGACACACAUGCCAGACCAGUACAGGAUAGUGGAGGCCCUCAUUCAAAAUUAUGACUGGUUUUUCACUGACGAUGGAAACGGAGAUCCAGUGACCAUGUCCCGCAAUGAGAGCGCAGUGGAGUCUCAGCCCAUCCCCAACAUCGACCACCUGCUCACCAACAUCGGCCGUACGGGCACGUCGCAGGGUGAAGUAUCAGAUUCACCGACUAGUGACUCAGCUAAAUCAAAGGGUUCCUGGGGCUCAGGGAAGGACCAGUGCAGCAGAGAGCUCCUAGUCUCCUCCAUCUUUGCUGCAGCCAGCCGCAAAAGAAAGAAGUCAAAGGAGAAGCCGCAGCCUAGCAGCUCAGAUGACGAUCUGGACGCCGUGUUCCCCAAGAAGGAAAUCCCUGGCCUAAAGUCGAACCACUACGGCCUCCAGACUGAGGUGCAGAGCGAGACUCGUCCCAGCCCUAACGCAAAACCCAACGCAAAGCCCAACGCAAAGCAACCAGAGGAGAGGAAAGAGAACGGGAGAACUGUGGAGCUCACGCCUAAAGCGAAGCAUAGAAACUCAUUAUUCCUGAAGGACAAGACUCCUCCCAGACACCCCUCACCUUCCCCCUCCCCGUCCCCCGGCUACCAAACAGCUCCUCAGGUGAAAUCCUCCUUGUCGGAUCCCCCGUCCCAAAUUGAUGAGAACACCUCAGAUCUCGGGACCAUGAGCUCCGGAGCGUCCGUAACGCGGUCAAGACCGAAAAAGUGGACCGGAGCGUCCGUUGAUCUUCCCGCGGGAGCAUGUGUCGGACUGGCAGCAGGUCCGGGGGCGUCCGCCGGCGCGGAGGUGAGCUCCAUCACCUCCGACUACUCCACCACUUCUUCCAUCACAUUCUUGACCGGAGUGGAGUCCAGCGCGCUCAGUCCGGAGCUGCAGGGCGGCGAGGAGGCAGAUGACGAACGCAGUGAGCUCAUUAGCGAGGGACGACCCAUGGAGACGGACAGCGAAAGCGACUUCCCCGUUUUUGCCCCGGGCGGUGGCAGCAGCCAGUCUACACCCUGCCCAGAGCAGAGUCUGGACAAGACUGAACCACGAGGAGGUGGAGCAGCUGAGGGAAGCACCACGCCCAAAAUGGAAGCGCGGCGCCUUUUCCCGUCGCACAGGAUGAUUGAGUGCGACACCCUCUCCAGACGAUGGUCGCUAAGACAGAAAACAGACAGUGAAUCAUCAGUGGAGGGUGCUGCUGGGAGCGGGGAGCGUAGCGAGGGUAGAGCGGAGUCUUCCACGAGGCUCUCGAGAGUCCUGGAGGUGAUGAAGAAAGGGCGGUCCACGAGCAGCCUCAGCUCGUCGUCACGCAGCGAGUCGGAGCGUCCCGAACCGGCCUGGCACCUCAAGAUCACCGAGCGGCUCAAAUUCAGGUUACGCACAUCUGCUGACGACAUGUUCACCCAGAAGAACCGAACUCCGGACGCUCGCGGGAAGAAGAAGAACAUCCGCCGCCGGCACACCAUGGGCGGGCAGAGAGACUUCGCAGAGUUGGCGGUCAUCAACGACUGGAGGGAGCAGGGCGGCGUGGACCAGACGGCCGACCUGUCAGCUCUGGACCGCCUCAAGCCCAGAUGUUCCUCUCAGGACUUCUCCAUCCGGGACUGGAUCACUAGAGAGCGGUGUCGAGGCUCUGAUUCAAGCGUUGAAGUUGCACCUAAAGCCGUUCCUGAGGAUGAUCACCCAGAAGCUCAGGACGCGGCUCCUGAAAGACCUUCUCCUUCUGCGUCCCCGGGCGCACAGCCGCUAGCGGAGGAGCACGUUAACGGUAGCGGGCUGCAAGGCAAAAACAAAGCCAGCCUCGGGGCGGACGCUCACCCACACAAACUGUCUGGAGCGCAAGUUGUCCGCUCACGGUUCUACCAGUAUCUGUGAAACGGCAAGAGCGGUCUUGUCUGUGAGGAAAAGAAACAAACUGAAUGAAUGCGUGAAAAUGUACGAAUGUGGGUAUUUUAGCUAAGGUUACUGCACAAUAUUUUUUCUACAAAGUAUACUUUAUGUACAUACUGUGUAUUGGCUUACGUGAUUGUUACUGGAAUAAUGCUGAAGAGAUGUUUAUGUGUGAAAAUCCACUGACUUGUUGGCCAUACUGGAACAGACGUGGACGGACUUCCUCCUGCAAGAUCGAACCCUACUCAU